GCAAAGGAAGGUGCAUUUGUUGUGAGAGACUCAAGCCAACAUGGGUGCUACACAGUCUCAGUAUAUACGAAAGCUUUGAGCAGAGUGGACCUCGGUGACAUCAGACAUUAUCAAAUCAAGCAGAAGGGCUUGUCACAGUUCUUUUUGGCUGAAAAACAUGUUUUCAACUCUAUUCCAGAGGUUAUCCGCUAUCAUCAGCACAAUGCAGCAGGGCUUGUCACUAGACUGCGGUAUCCUGUUGGGCCUAUGGGAAAAUGUGUUCCAGCAACUGCCGGAUUCAGUUAUGAAAAAUGGGAGAUAAACCCAUCAGAGCUGUCCAUUAUGGAGGAGCUGGGUAGUGGACAGUUUGGGGUGGUACGGUUAGGGAAGUGGAGAGCACUUUGUAAAGUGGCAAUCAAGACCAUUAAUGAAGGCUCCAUGUCUGAAGAGGAUUUCAUUGAAGAAGCCAAAGUCAUGACUAAGCUAUCCCAUCCGAAGCUAGUGCAGCUGUAUGGAGUGUGCAUUCAGCAGAAACCGAUAUGCAUAGUCACAGAAUUCUUGGAAAAUGGCUGCCUACUCAAUUACCUUCAACAGAGGCAAGGCUGCUUGAAGAAGGAGUUCAUGCUGGCUAUGUGUCAAGACGCAUGUGAAGGAAUGGAGUACCUGGAGACCAAUGGGUUCAUCCACAGAGACUUGGCAGCAAGAAAUUGUUUAGUCAGUAAGAAGCAAGUGGUGAAGGUGUGUGAUUUCGGAAUGACGAGGUAUGUCCUUGACAACCAAUACAUUAGCUCUACAGGCUCGAAGUUCCCAGUAAAAUGGUCUCCACCUGAAGUCUUCCAUUACAACAAGUACAGCAGCAAAUCAGAUGUGUGGUCAUUUGGGGUAUUAAUGUGGGAAAUCUUCACAGAAGGCAGAACCCCAUUUGAGAAUAAAUCAAACUCUGAGGUUGUGGAUGAAAUCACGCGAGGACACAGGCUUUAUCGACCCCACCUGGCCUCCCAGACGAUAUACAAAGUCAUGUACAGCUGCUGGCAUGAGAAACCGGAAAGUCGUUCAUCGUUUGCUGAGCUACUGGAGGAAAUCAAAAUAAUCUCUGAGAAUGAUUAGAAGAAGAAGAAUCAAUGCCACAUUCAACACACCAAGCACUAAUGUGAACAAUUACUUUUUCAGAGAAACAUUAUUAUUUCUAAUAGUGAUGAAAUAUUGAGUUACGGUUUAACAUAUGCAAUGUAAUAACACAUGUACUGUAGGUAAAUUGACUUGGAAAAUCAACUUACCUUAGGAAUUAAUUUUAUUUACAGUGCCUUUAUAAUUACAGCAUCUUCUCAAGCAGUAAACUAUUACAACAACGUGCACAUAUUUAAUGCUAAUAUUGUAAAAAAUAUAUUGGGGUCUGUUCAUUGAAAUCAUUAAAAUUGGAACCUCUUUGA